UUGUCAAUUAUUGACUUUUUUAUUGAAUUUUGGAAGGUGUCAAAGUUACUACAAUUAUUCUACAUAAUUUCAUGUUCAACAUGAAGUGCAGUCAUUUCAUUUAGUAAAAGUAACAAUAACACUCAAUAAAAGUUAUCCAUUACAAUCACCAGUGUUGCAUUCAAAGUGUUACACAUGUUAAAAUUACAGAAGUAUUAGUAAGAAAACAAAUGGUGAAAGCAUAAUUCGUAUGUUAUUAUUGAACAAGUUGUAGCUACUUUUAACUGUUUUAUAUGCAGUUGAGUGUUUAAUCUAUAAAAAUGUCUUGUAUGCUUUAAGCCAGAGGCUUUUUUUUUACAACCUUUUAUUACUGUAACUGCUACUCCAACAAAAUAAAAAGGGGCUGAGAGCUCCUUAUCUUAUUACUGUUUACAUUUAUUCACAUAUUGUAUCAAAAGACUCAAACUGAUCUCCAAAUAAAAUCAGAUGAAUAUUAUAAUUUAACAAGUCAUCAAAUAUCACUAUCUAAAAUUCAUAAUUUAAAUAUUAAACUAGUAACUGUAUCUGUUAAAUACAUGUAGUGGAAUAAAAAGUUCCUCAAAAUUGUACUUAAAUAAAUGUUCCUUCAAAAGUGCAUAAUAACUGUUGAUCUGUCACUUUAAAAAAAUAAAAAAAAUAAAAUAAAAUAUCCUCCUCCUCUUUCAUUUCCUGUAUAACAUGUUCGUCAUCAUUAUAACUUGAAAAAUCCAAUGACAUCACAAGGAAACAAGGCCUAUAAAUUCCUCCUGCUGCAGCUCUAGGCACCUUAUUCAUGUCACAGAUGUCUACCACGAUGGACCAGCUAAUAUUUCAGAGGGAGAACCGUGAGCGUAUCCAGGCAUUGGAGAGUUCAUUUGGUCUAUCACGGGGGCUCCUGUCCACGCCGGGUCGCGUUCUGAUGGGAGAGGGUCAGCUGCUAAAGCAGGGUCGUCGGAAGGCCGAGCCAAAGGUCUUCUUCCUCUUCAAUGAUGUGCUGGUGUACGGCAGCAUCAUUCUCAACGGCCGCUGGCACAAAAAACAGAAUAUAUUCCCUCUAGAGGACAUCCAGCUGCAGGACUUGCAGGAUAGUGAGCGCCUGACGAACCAGUGGCUGAUCCGUACACCACGCAAGUCCUUUUUUGUGUCGGCCCCUUCAUACGACGAGAAACAAGCCUGGAUGCAUCACAUUGAAGACUGCCGGUCCAGGCUGCUGAAGGGCGGCAGCUGCCAACCUAGCCCCGCAUUUGCUGUCUCCUGGAUCCCGGACGCCGCCGCCUACAAAUGCAUGCGCUGCUUCAGCAGGUUCACCGUGGCCAACCGUCGACACCACUGCCGAAAAUGUGGCUUUUUGGUCUGCAAUUCAUGCUCCAAGACGAGAGAAGUGAUAGACCACAUUCAUCCCACUAAGAAGCUGAGGGUCUGCCGUUGCUGUCACACAAGCAAGAAAGAGGAAGUACCAUCUCGCCAAAGGGGAGACAGCAAUGGAAAAAACAGCUCAGAGGAGGACGAUGAGGCAGCAUCCAGUGAUGAAGGAGAGGAUGGGGAGAUCACGCAGAACCAAACUCCCAGCCAGUGGUUUAGCACCCAGACAGACACUUGGGGACAGGUGGGAACCUAUGUUGACCCAGCAUCAUUGCAUCAGUGGCCCCAGUAACAGAAAAUCUACAUCAAGACUUUGAAUUGUAUUAUAACAAAUAGCACUGGACUUUUGAAAAGACUCAGAUGACCAAUAAAUGUUGACAUUAAGUGUUGGUGUUAAAAACAGUAGAGGCAUGUUUGAAAUCAGUAGAGAUCCUCUCUAGACCCGUUUUAAAAAUGUGUAAUGUGUAAGACUGUGCUACUUGCUGCACCUCCAUAGGGGGCAACAUUUCACCUGUUCGCCCCCAUCUAACUAUGUACAAAACUGUUAACAAAACUCCUGCUUAGCAGGAUGUGCAAAAGAUCACAGUAUAGGCAAUAUCUGUUCUGUGCAGGGAUAAUACUCCAAGGUGUUACUGUAAUGUGGUUGUUGAUGAUUGAUGAAGCCAGCCGCAGAAGAUAAAGCAGGUGCUGGUCCAUCACUGGUGAUGACUGGACUGGAAUUCUGGUUCUGAUACAGACAAACAUGUGACAGGAAAAUUUGUUUAGAUCAUACAAGUUCUUUAUAUUCAAACAGGUUAGGUCUGUUGUGUGUGUAUAGUAAAUAGUAAGGAUGGAUAUGAAUAUGCAAAAAUAAACACAGUACUAUAUAAAUAUAUGUUAUAUCCAUUAUUAUCAAUCAGCAGUAUGAACAUGUAUACACUGUGGGUCUGAUAUAAUCAGUGGUAUAGACAAGUGUCUGACUUGUAAAAGUGAAUGAUAGAAUUUUAUAAAAUAAGCCUAAAGUUUCUGACGUAACUAGCUGUACAGCAGCCGGCAGGAAAAGGCAAAAUUCUACUAAACCACUGAAACGUCUGCAAACAACAUCAAUAUCAUACAUUUAUGCCAAUUGAAAAGUUUGUCGGUACAGUUUGUCAUUCAUUGUACUAGUGAUACUUUUCGAUAAAAGAGCUAACAUUAAAAGUU